UCACUCGCAUUCAUAUUGCUCACAGCAGUAUUACCUCUGUAACUAAACAUGGCCAAAGACAUAACACUACACUGGGCGUCUGGUUCUCCACCAUGCUGGAGGGUCAUCAUUGCUCUUGAAGAGAAAAACCUGAAAGGAUAUAAUCAGAAGCUGCUGUCCUUUGACAAAGGAGAGCAAAAGGAGAAAGAGACACUGGAUAUUAACCCAAGAGGACAGGUCCCUGCAUUCAAACAUGGGAAUAACAUUGUGAAUGAGUCUAUUGCAGCUUGUUUGUACCUGGAGAGUCAGUUCAAGUCCAGGGGGCCCAGCCUGAUCCCGGACAGUUCAGAGGAACAGGCCUUGAUGUACCAGCGUAUGAUUGAGAUCCUUAACUUGCAGCAGAGACUUGCGGAUGUUGUCUUAUACACUCGUCGCAUACCAGAGGAGGAGAGACAUGACUCAGCUGUGAAGAGAAACAGGGAGGCACUGUCUGCAGAGUUCAAGCUUUGGGAAAGUUACAUGCACAAGGGAGGACCAUACAUGGCUGGAAAGAACUUCACCUUGGCUGACGUUAUUGUCUUCCCACCGAUUGCCUUCUCUCUGCGCCUUGGAUUAUCUCAGGAAAGAUAUCCCAAACUGACAGAGUAUUAUAAUCUGGCUAAGGAGCGACCAAGCAUUAAGGCCACUUGGCCAAAACACUGGCUGGAGAACCCUCAGGGGAUGGACCUGUUUAAGGAUCUGUGAAGGAUCCAGGGAGUUUGGUGACUUUCACACUUAUCAGUACAGAGAACUGAUCUUGCUUGCUAGACUACAAAAUCUACAGGCUUUUGUUUUC